AUGGCUACUAACAAGCAUAUCAACUUGUCUGAGGAGAAUGGAAAUGUUUUGGUUGCAACGGCGAUCACUCUUUUGAUCCUGAGCUGGAUCUCUGUUGGGCUGCGUACUUAUACAAGAACAUGCCUGAUGCAAGGCCAACAGCUCGACGACUGGCUUAUGCUCAUUGCCCAGAUCAUCUUCACGAUAUCAUGCUCCUUUAUCCUGGAAGGUAUCCAGAAAGGAGUGGGAAGACACAAUGAGGCGAUCGAGACUGAGGAUGCGGAAGUCCAGGCCCUUAUGUGGCAGGCUUUGGCGACCGCAACUUACAUCCUGGACAUGAUGUUUAUCAAGCUCAGUAUUGGUGUCUUCUUGCUUCGACUAUGUGUCAAAAAGGUUUACAACUGGAUCAUUUGGGUCAGCUUGACCAUUAUCAGCAUCUGGAGUAUCGUUCUCUUCUUUUGGAACCUAUUCCAAUGCCACCCAGUCGAGAUGCAGUGGGACUUUCGAAUAAAAGAAGGCAAAUGUGUUAGCGCAGACCAGAUCGUCUCAGCUGCCUAUGCUAUAAGUGUCAUGACGGUUGUGUCUGAUUGGCUUUAUGCUCUUCUUCCGAUUCCAAUGCUGUGGUCAGUCAAAAUGACAAAACAAGCCAAGGCAACUGUUAUUGUUAUUCUGGGAUUGGGAAUAUUUGCUAGCGUUGCGACUCUUGUUCGCCUACGAUUUCUUGCCGACCUUACCGACACCGAUGAUAUCCUUUUUGCCGGCACUGAUGCCAUGGCUUGGACGCUGAUAGAACCAGGCGUCGCUAUUGUUGCAUCAAGUCUAGCAACCAUCCGACCACUCCUACGCGCUAUGAAGAUUAGGGGCUUCGAAUCGACCGAUAACACUUAUAGCACAGGUCACUCUGCUGGCAUGCCUUCGAACGCAAAUCGCGCAAAGUCUGCAGUAUUGGCUAUGCCAGGCUUUGGCCCAGAUGACGUUUCGCUUAACAACAUUACACAUCAAAACAAAACAAACGGACGAUCUCAUACGGACGAUGUUCAUAUUCUUCCACCUCGAAAUCAUACCGAAGGCCCUUUUUCACCUGGUCAAGUGAGCAUCGUUAAGAGCGAGAUCCUGGUGAUUCAAGGCAACAGUUCACCGCCGUCGUCCUGGCGGAGCCAAACAAAUGACUCUCCUUCCAGUUCUUUUGAACAGCUUCACAACCUUGAAGCACAAAGCCAGGAUAUCGAACGGAGCCGCAACAAUAUGAUUGGGAGAUAA